AGAGAGAGCAAAUUCUUCAGUAAGCAGAAUCAAAGCAGAUUAACCCUCAUCUACUUCUGGCCCUCUAAGAGUUCUCCACUAAGCAAGCGAAAACAGCCAUGCUGCACCACCAUUACCAUGGCGAGGUGGCCAGCCUGCACUGCCUCUCACCUCCAAGCCUACCAUUCAGUUCCCACUACCACAGCAACAUGAUCACCAUGGCACCCUCGCCCUUCCACUUCCCAGCAGCUACCUGUGAACCUAUCCAGGAAUUGCUCCCUGUGGUAGCGGGCAAUCGCCCAGCCGGCUCUGGCAGCACAGAUGACGCCUACCAGAUGGCAGCGGAGGAGGAGCGGAGGCGGCGGAGGAUGAUCUCCAACCGGGAGUCGGCACGGCGGUCGCGCAUGCGCAAGCAGCGGCAGCUCAGCGAGCUGAGGGGGCAGGUUGUCCACCUCCGUGACGCCAACCGCCGCCUCCUUGAUGAGCUCAACCAAGCAAUGAGGGGCUGCAGUGAUGUCCACUGCGAGAACGCCCGGCUCAGGAAGGAGAGGGCCGAGCUCCAGACCAAGCUCGAGCACCUCAUGCAAGCACAGAAGAAUAACACCUCGCCGAGCUCCUCACAGCCAUGCGAGAAUAUUUGAUUACUGAAUAAUAAAUCAUUCUUAAUUAUCUCCUCAUUUUAACUACGAGGAUUAUUAUUAGUAUAUCAAAAUAAGACAUGUUUUGAGAUGCUUCCUUCGGCUUCUGUUUUUUUGUUUUAUCUUUUAUGUACGGGAAUAUUCUAACUGCCCAUUAUUGACAUCUUUUUGUCAAGGUGGCUAAGAUAAAUAUGGAUUGAGCCUAUUGGCGAGUUGACAUUGA